AUGCUGUUUUGCUGUCGUUCCGUUCCCAGCUACCUUCUCGUCAUCGUCGUCAUCAUCUUCACAACCAGCGGUCGUGGAGCGUGCCUAUGCCACCAAGACCAAAGUGAUGCCCUGCUACGCCUCAAAGCAAACUUCCACUUCUUCCCUUUUCGCUUCUGCCCUUUGGCCUUCCCCUCCUUUCAAGAGCAGAACAACUUCCGCUUCUUUCCCGGCUCAUUUCCACGCCCACUGCCGUUGCCUUUGCAAACAAACCUUUCGUCCUGGCAGGCAGACACCGACUGCUGCACCUGGGAAGGUGUUACGUGUGACGACGGCGCUUCAGGCCAUAGCCAUGUCACCGCUCUUGACCUCUCCUGCCUCGGCAUCUCGGGUAACCUCAGCUCAGACAUCUUUAAACUCACCUCGCUUCGCUCCCUUAACCUUGCAGGAAACUUCUUCCGUGGAAAUAAUCCAUGGGUAUGUCGUGCUGCAGGAUCCGCACAGCAGCAGCUCAGUGAUCUCAAGUACCUCAACCUCUCUUAUUCCGGCUUGUCCGGUCAUUUCUCCGUCGAAAACGGCCAGCUUGCCAAUCUGCUCACGCUAGACCUCUCGGGUCUUCGUCUUGAGAAUUUGAACCUUUUCACCUUGAUUGACAACCUUGGCAGUCUCCAAGAGCUCUAUCUUGAUCGUGUCAACGUCUCAGUUAGUCAAAAUGAUUCUACAUUUGCCUCUUCUUCUUCUAGCAACAAUUAUACCACAACGUCGGCUCUCAAGGAGCUAAGCAUGAUGGGGUGCACGAAGUUCAGCCCUUUUGUUAGUUGCACCAUCACUGGCCGUUUUGAUAGUGCUGCUCUUGCAAGGUUUGCCAAUUUGGUCACGCUAGGCCUCUCAGGGCUUGACCUUGGAGAUCUGAGCCUAGACACCUUGGUUCACAAUCUCGGUAGCCUCCAAAAGUUAUACCUUGUCGGUGUCAACAUUUCGGUCCUCAACCCAAGUCCAACAGGGUUGGUUACAACGCCUGUUCUCCAAGAGCUAACGAUGAGUGGUUGCAAGAUCACUGGUCCUAUUGAUAUCUUUCUUGCUAAGCUCCGCUUUCUUUCCAAGCUGACACUCGAUAACAGUGACUUUGUCCCUACUGAUCGUGUACUAGAAUCUUUCACAAACUUUUCAUCCUUGGUACUUCUCAGCCUUCAAGACUGUGGAUUGAAUGGAACCUUCCCUUUCGAAAUAUUUCAUAUCAAAAGCUUGGCCAUCCUGGACGUAUCAUUUAAUAAGAAUCUAUACGGUGAGCUGCCGGAGUUCAAACAGGGAAGCGCGCUGCAGGUCUUGGUCCUUAGUGGAACCAAGUUUUCUGGACCAAUUCCAGAAUCCAUCGGUAACCUAAAAAAUCUGACCAUACUGGACCUUUAUUCUUGCCAAUUCCAUGGGCUCAUCCCGUCCUUUGCUCAAUGGCCUGAGAUUUUGGUGGUCGACUUGUCAACUAACAACCUAACUGGUUUUCUACCUUCAGACGGCUACCUUGGUCUGGACAACCUAAUGUAUAUCAACCUUGAGAACAACUCAGUAUCUGGUGAGAUACCUGCAUCUUUGUUUUCUCACCUUCAUCUACAAUAUCUACACCUAUCGCAGAACAAUUUCACCGGGAAUUUUCACUUGUACCCCAAUGCAUCACAAAGGUUGAGAAUGAUUGACAUAAGUAAGAACAAACUCCAAGGACCAAUCCCCAAGCUAAUAUCCAAGCUUCUAGGAUUAGAAGAGUUGGACCUUUCAUCAAACAAUUUCACUGGUACAGUGGAUCUGAAUUUGAUCAAGAACUACGUGAAUAUGACCCUUCUAUCACUAUCCAGCAACAGGCUGUCCGUUGUAAUAAUGGAAGAUGAUGAUACUAAUUCUUACCGGGAAUAUCCUCGUCGUUUGGAUUUUCUGGGACUGGCAUCAUGCAACUUAACAAAUGUGCCUGAAUUUCUAAGGCACCAGAAACUGUUACAUUUAGACCUCUCAAACAACAAUAUUGCUGGUCAUGUACCGGAUUGGAUUUGGGAGAAUGGAGAAUAUGAUGCCGUCAACCUCUCUCAUAAUUCAUUUUCUAGCAUACAAACAGAUCUGUCUGUAUCCAUGUAUGGUCUUUUUUACCUCGAUCUCCAUUCCAACAAGAUUGAGGGUGCUCUCCCGUUGCCCCCACGUGAAACUGUGAAAUUGGACUACUCCAACAAUCACUUCAACUCUUCUGUCACGACCGAUUUUUGGUCACACAUUAGCUCUUCCAGUUUUGUAUUCCUGUCAAACAAUAACCUUGUAGGAGAAAUUCCACAUUUGUUAUGCAACGGGACAAAUAUAGAAAUUCUAGACCUCUCUUUUAACAGAUUUAGUGGAUUGAUACCACCCUGCUUGCUGAAGCACAAAAACAAGCUCGAGAUAUUGAAGUUGAGAGGCAACAAUUUCCAUGGAUCCGUGCCUCAAAAGAUCAGCAAGGAAUGUGCACUUCAAAUAAUAGAUAUCAAUGACAACAAGUUGGAAGGAAAACUGCCAACAUCUUUGGUCAACUGUCACAUGCUACAACUCCUGGACCUCGGAAACAACAAAAUAGUUGACACAUUCCCAGAGUGGCUGGGAGUCCUCCCUCUGUUGAAAGUGCUUGUUCUAAAUGACAACAGGUUCAAUGGUCACAUUGAUCAGUAUGGGAGGCAUAAACAAAUGCAUUCCUACUUUCCAGCACUACAAGUUCUUGACCUUUCUUCAAAUGCUUUUACUGGUGGCAUACCUACACUGAUCCUCAAGAAGUUGAAGGCUAUGAUGGUACCUUCCUCAUCAGGGCCUCCCAGUAUAUAUACUGAAAUCAUUGUUGAUUUAGACAGAUCACCUCCAGGUUACAUGCCAUACGACAAGAGCUCUUUCACAAUCACCCUCAAGGGGCAAGAAACAACCAUGGUGAGCAUCCUGCCAAUUUUCAUGUACCUCGAUCUCUCCAACAACAACUUUGAUGGUACCAUCUCCAACGGCAUUGGCGACCUCAAGUUACUCAAGGGGCUAAACCUGUCCAGGAACUCAUUCACUGGUCAUAUCCCUCCUCGGAUCGCAAACAUGCUGCAGCUGGAGUCACUCGAUCUCUCCUACAACAAGCUCUCUGGGAAGAUUCCACCGGAGUUGGCCUUGCUCACUUUCCUUGAGGUGCUCAACCUCUCCUACAACCACCUGUCGGGACCAAUACCGCAGUCCAACCAGUUCUCAACGUUCCCAGAAACAUCCUUCCUGGGGAACGAUGGGCUGUGUGGGAAGCCGCUUCCACACCCAUGCACCAUGAAUCAACCGCCGUCAGCUCCUGCUGCACCCGAUUCUUCUACAGAGGUGAACUGGGAUGUUUUGGCCAUUGAGGUAGGGGUCAUAUCAGGAUUGGCCACCGUGGUUGCAACCGCGCUGCUGUGGGGUAACGGGAGGAGAUGGGUAUACUAUCAAGUGGACAGAUUUUUUCUGCGUGUCCUACAACCACGGAUCCGCCAUCGUCGUCGUCGUCGCCACUGA